CUCGCCGGCUGGCGUCGCCACCGCCUCCUCGUCCCCGGCCACCGCUGUCGCCUCCGCUGCUGCAAUCCAGGGCGCACGCUCUCGCACUUUCCGCUGGCGGCGCGGAGGAUGCCCCCUGUAGCAGUCGGGGAGAAAUAGCCUCCCGGCCGGGCUGGACCACCCUUGGUGGCGAGGAAGGAAAUCCGGGCUCCGCUUCCCUUGAUGGCACUGCAGCAGCUGGCAGCCGGGACGGCGCCCACGAAACGGGCGCGCCAAGCUGGGCGCGGGAGGCGCAGAGAGGGACCCCGGGAGCAGGCUGAGCUCCGCUGCCGGAGUUCGCAAGUGGCUGGGACUCCGCAGGUGGCAGCCCUGUGCCCUGAUGCUUGACUGGAUGGAGAUCAUCAGCUUCUGUUCCCGGAAGGUGGACACUCGGAGCUUUGCCCCCAGCUGUGGGCAAGGCCAGAGUCAAGGCCCUCAGUGAACAUUCUGCUCCGACAGGCCUUCGGAGCCGAGCUGAGGAAGGGAAAAGAGCGACUUGUGGCGGCUGCUAACCCCUGGACCCCUUUCCAAUGACUAUUUUUGGAGUUCUUUGGGACCUGUCUGAGGUGAAGAACAAGAUGUAGGAAAAUGGAACUACCUGCCAUGUGUCCCCUUUCUUGGCCCCAGGAAACUCACCUAGACUUUGGGAGGCCACUGAGCCCUGUCCUCAUUUCUCUUGGCCUCAGCCAAGCGCUGGACCUGCCCUUGCCCUCUGGCCUCUGCGCUGCCCUGUGCAGAGGGAGUGAGUCUGGGGACCCCCAAGGGUUCCAUCUUUAAGGGAAGCUUGGGGAACCAGGCCUCCCCCCGCCCCUCCCCACCCUGCCAGCCCAGCCAGUCCGGAAUGAUCCCGCUAUGGCCAAGCUCUGGUUCAAAUUCCAGCGGUACUUCCGCAGGAAACCCGUGCGCUUCUUUACCUUCCUGGCUCUCUACCUGACGGCCGGGAGCCUCGUGUUCCUGCACUCUGGCUUCGUGGGUCAGCCCGCGGUCUCCCAGAACCAGGCCAACCCUGCCGCGGGAGGUCCGGCCGAGGGCGCUGAGCUGCCCUUCCUGGGAGACUUGCACCUGGCCAGAGGCUUCCGCGACGCGGGUGAAGCCUCAAGUAUUGCCCGCAGGUACGGACCCUCGUUCAAGGGCAAGGACUCCAGCGAGAGAGCCAAGCUGGGCGACUACGGUGGGGCCUGGAGCCGUGCCCUCAAGGGGAGGGUCGUCCGGGAGAAGGAGGAGGAGCGAGCCAAGUACAUCGGCUGCUACCUGGAUGACACCCAGAGUCGGGCCCUGAGAGGUGUAUCCUUUUUUGACUACAAAAAGAUGACCAUCUUCCGUUGCCAGGACAACUGUGCAGAAAGGGGUUACCUGUACGCCGGGCUGGAGUUCGGUGCGGAGUGCUACUGCGGCCACAAGAUCCAGGCGUCCAACGCGAGCGAGGCGGAGUGCGACAUGGAGUGCAAGGGCGAGCGUGGCGGUGUGUGCGGCGGGGCCAGGCGCCUGUCCGUUUACCGGCUGCAGCUGGCCCAGGAGGCGGCCCGCAGGUAUGGAAGUGCAGUAUUCCGAGGCUGCUUCCGCAGGCCCGGUAACCUCUCCCUGGCCUUGCCUGUGUCUGCUGCCAUGCCCAACAUGUCUGUGGACAAGUGUGUAGACUUCUGCACUGAGAAGGAGUACCCACUGGCGGCUCUCGCAGGCACCGCCUGCCACUGUGGGUUUCCCACCACACGAUUUCCCCUCCACGAGAGAGAGGAUGAGCAGCUCUGCGCCCAGAAGUGCAGCGCAGAGGAGUUUGAGAGCUGCGGGACCCCCAGCUACUUCAUUGUGUAUCAGACGCAGGUUCAAGACAACCGCUGCAUGGACAGAAGGUUCCUUCCAGCCAAGUCCAAGCAGCUCAUUGCUCUGGCCAGCUUCCCAGGUGCCGGCAACACAUGGGCCCGACACCUCAUCGAGCUGGCCACUGGCUUCUACACAGGCAGCUACUACUUCGAUGGUUCCCUGUACAACAAAGGGUUCAAAGGUGAGCGGGACCACUGGCGCAGCGGGCGGACCAUCUGCAUCAAGACCCAUGAGAGCGGGCAGAAGGAGAUCGAAGCCUUCGACGCCGCCAUCCUGCUCAUCCGCAACCCCUACAAGGCACUCAUGGCGGAGUUCAACCGCAAGUACGGCGGCCACAUAGGCUUUGCGGCGCAUGCGCACUGGAAGGGCAAAGAGUGGCCGGAGUUCGUGCGCAACUACGCCCCCUGGUGGGCCACGCACACGCUGGACUGGCUCAAGUUUGGCAGGAAGGUGUUGGUGGUGCACUUCGAGGACCUGAAGCAGGACCUCUUCGCGCAGCUGGGCCGCAUGGUCAGCCUGCUGGGCGUGGCCGUCAGGGAGGACCGGCUGCUGUGCGUGGAGAGCCAGAAGGAUGGGAACUUCAAGCGCUCGGGGCUGCGCAAGCUCGAGUACGACCCGUACACGGCCGACAUGCAGAAGAGCAUCUCGGCCUACAUCAAGCUGGUGGACGAGGCCCUCAAGGGGCGCAACCUCACGGGCGUGCCCGACGACUACUAUCCGAGAUGAUGUCGCGGUGCGGGGGAGGGGUGGGAGCCCUCAACACGCUCUGGUGACCCCCCUGACCUGUUCUGUCUUUGGUUUGGGGACCAUCCAUCCCCCUGGCUGCUGUGGCCUUCAGCGAGUUUCCUGCAUGAUAAGGAGACCCGAGGGAAGAGCUGUCCGGGCGUGCCCACCUGCUCUCCACCGCUUCCCCUGGGAGACAUGGGCGACCUGGUUUGGAGAGUUCCGGGCACAUGGACCCUUUUCUCACCCACACCCACCUGCCCCUGUGUCCCUGUCUCCCCCACUCUGGGCUCCCCUGGUGGGAGAGAGGACUUCUUAUAGUCACGGAGACAUGCUGGGCCCUGCCUGCCCUGGGCAGUAGUUGUUGAGGACCUGAUGCCACCCCGUGGGCUGAGAUCUCCCACCCCUUUCCUUCUCUGCUCAGGAAGCCCUGGCACUGUCUCCCUCUUAAGCCACCCUCUGUUGGGAAGAAAGCUUGCUGGACCUGUCCUCAGGGCCCUGGGUGUGUGACACUCCGGGUAGAGUCGGGAGACAGUGGUGCUCACAGUAGGUGGACAGCCACCACCUGGGGUCCCUGGCACCGUAAACCCAUACCCUAGCCACACUGCAGCCAAAGAGCCAGCUGGUGGCCUUUGCACUCUAGGGUUCCAAUCCUGCCCUGUUCUUCCCCGGCUGUGUCUAGGAGGUGAUGUUGGAGGUCCUUUAUCCCACUCCCAGGGUUCCUUGAGCAGCAUCAGCUAACCCAACAGGAUGCCAUGCCCAGAAUCUAGGUAGGCGUUAGCGGCCCCAGGGACACAUCUGUCCACUGUGGCCCAACACAUCCAUAUUACACUCCCGUCCUGACCCCUGCCAGUGGGUCCUUUGCUGAGCAGCUGAGAGAGCAUGAGUGCUCCAAAUCAGGCGGAGCCAUUCCGUACCCACAAGAGACUCCCGCCACCUGCCCAGACUACCAGCCUCCAUUCGCUCAGAGCUCAACAGGACCAGCUUCCCCUGAGGGUCCUUUAAGGAAUGGGGGUGACCAACGGCUCAUCGUUUCCAUUGUAACGCUGCUCUCUUGAUGCUGAGACACCAAACCAAAGGAUUUCUGAGGACCUGAGUCACUGAUCGUCUGUUUUAAAACACUAAUCCAGGACCCCUUCUCUUUCCAGACCUGGGAUCCCAGUGGCUUGACACCCAGCCCACGUUUGCACCAUCCCAUCCUGUAGAUGCAAAAGCCAUAGGUCACAGCCUCUUUGCUCUUCUGUCUGGAGUGCCCCCCAAGUCCCUCUGCAACCUUGGGGUGCAAGUAAAGGCUCAUCCCGAAAGAGCAAAGGGACUAUGGAGAAGGCAAGUGAAAAGAAUAUAUUUUUUUAAGAGGAAUAUGACUAAUACAUUCCUCCCCCUUAACCCCUGGCCACGCAAAGAGAAGGCACAAGGAUUGGACCUGUGCUAUCCUU